GCCGAACUCGAUACGCAGAUCGCGAUAAUCGCUGUCAUCAUCAGGAGAUUUCUUUUAUCGUUUUCCUCGAUUUUAAUAAAAUACUAUGACCAGUUACAUUGAUAAAGGACCUCAGCCCGUUGGAGGAAAAUUCCUCAGCUUCGACCACAUAAGAUUCUGGGUCGGAAAUGCAAAGCAGGCUGCCAGUUUCUAUCGAUGCAGGAUGGGAUUCGAACCAUUGGGAUAUCGUGGCUUGGAAACUGGAUCCAGACAAACAGCUACGCACGUCGUGAAACAGAACAAAAUCAUAUUCGUGUUCGAGUCUCCGUACGAGCCUGACGAUGGAGAAAUAUCGAAACAUCUCUCUCGACACGGGGACGGCGUCCGGGAUGUAGCAUUCAGCGUCGAAGACAUCCAUACAAUCGUGCAGGUAGCCAAAGAAAAAGGCGCCAAAAUAGUGCGUAAUAUAUGGGAGGAAAGUGAUGAAUUCGGCACUGUGAGGAUGGCUACCGUUAAAACCUACGGCGACACGCUCCACACGCUCAUUGACAGGACAAAGUAUAAGGGUUUCUUUCUGCCAGGCUUUGUAAAGGCACCGGAAGAUGUUCUUCUCAAACAUUUGCCACAGACACAUUUGAAUUUUGUGGACCACGUGGUGGGUAAUCAGCCCGACAAACAGAUGGAAUCCAUUGCGAAAUGGUACGAGGAGUGUUUGCAGUUUCACAGAUUCUGGUCAGUUGAUGAUACACAGUUGCAUACGGAAUAUUCCGCACUACGAUCCAUCGUGAUGACGAAUUGGGAAGAGACGGUGAAGAUGCCGAUCAACGAGCCCGCAUCCGGAAAGAAACGUUCCCAGAUCCAAGAGUACGUCGAGUACUACGGUGGUGCUGGUGUACAACACAUAGCUCUCAACACAAGCAACAUUAUUACAGCGAUAACAAAUCUGCGUGCCAGAGGAAUGGAGUUUCUUAACGUGCCCGACAGUUAUUACGAAAUGCUCAGAAACCGCCUAAAAGCCAGUGGCACGAAAAUCGUGGAAGACUUGGAUAUAUUGCAGAAAUUGAAGAUAUUAAUAGACUACGACGAGAACGGCUAUCUUCUACAAAUAUUUACGAAAAAUAUGCAAGACCGGCCGACGCUGUUCAUAGAAGUUAUACAGAGGCGCAAUCAUAAUGGUUUUGGCGCUGGCAAUUUCCAAGCAUUGUUCGAAGCAAUCGAAUUGGAGCAGGCAAAACGUGGAAAUUUAUAGAUUAUUAACAUUAUUAAUAUAUAUUUGUAAAAUUAAUAAUAUAUAAAACUUUUAUUUUUCUAUUUCUCUAUCUCAGCAAGUAAUACUAACAAAAGGCAAAAAAUGAGUAUUUUCGGUACUUAAUUAUAUAGCUACUCUUAUAAUUUUCUAUAAUGAAAUAUCACAUUAAAAACAUUAUGCUACUUCUCCGCUUCAAAAUUCAUUCGGCACGGUCAUACCUAAAUAUCCUGCCGCGUAUUAUUAAUCAAUAAUAAAUUUAUGCACAUCAUAAUAGUGCUGUGUGUUUGGUCGCUAUCGACAAAAAUGUCAAGGUUUUACUUUUUCGCGUCUGUGGAAUAGAUAAUCAAUUUGUCCGAUUAAUUCCGUAUUCUUGUAUAUUUAAUGGCCAACAUUUUUGUAUUACAAAAAUACACAGCAUUAAAUGUAAAAUAUGUUACAAUACAUUUUGAAGCGUAGUGAUGCAAAUAUAUUACCUGCCGUCAAAAA